AACCGAAAGUGUCGCAACGCAACUGACGUCAGCAGCACAAUUUGCAAGGGUAACUAGCUAGCUAGCUAAACAACUAGUAAAAAUGAAGUAAUGAAUGACUUUUCAGUAGCUUUUCACUACUUUGCUGUUGUGUUAGCAUAAGUUGAGCUAACAUUUGCUAGCUAACAAAAUGGAUGUUCUUCGUCCACCCCUUAUCAAUAUAAACGGACGAAUAUAUCGAAGGAACAUUAUAGCUCAGCAACAACAUUCUGAAGAAGAAGGUGAUAUUUCGUACAUGGGACCACCAGAGAGUGAAGAGCUAGCAGAGGGUGAAACCUGUGAUAGCCACUUUAUAGAACAGACGGAUAAGGGGUUCCGCUGUGCCAUUGAUGUCCCAAGUGUCCUGUAUAAAUACAUCAUUGGAAAAAAAGGAGAAACACGUAAGCGGCUGGAGUUUGACACAAAGACAUCCAUCAACAUCCCAAAACAAGGAUUGGAAGGACAAAUAGUUAUCACAGGUUCCCAAAAAUCUGCUGUUUCUUCUGCGAUCACUCGAGUGGAGAUCCUUGUGGGGAGUUUCAGGAAAAAACAGCCUUUCACUCACUUCCUGUCGUUCCCUCUGAACGAUGCCAAAGUCCAGGAAGGCUUCCUGAAAUUCAAAAAUGAGGUGCUGAAGCAGUGUUCACAGGAUCACGGGGUUGGGGAAAGCAUCUUUCAGAGUCCUGCAAAGCUUCAUCUGACUCUUGGCACCCUAACUUUGUUAAACGAUGCAGAAGUGAGAAAAGCUUGUGAACACCUGCAAGAAUGCCAACAUUUUAUCAGGGACAUCACAGGAGGAAAGCCUCUGUCGUUGGAGGUGAUGGGUAUAGAGUACAUGAAUGAUGACCCGGCCAUGGUGGACGUCCUGUACGCAAAGGUUAAUGAGAAAGAUGGAUCUGACCACUUGCAGCUGAUUGCAGACAGGCUGGUGGAAUACUUUGUCUCUGCAGGACUGAUGGUCAGAGAAUGGGACCGAGUCAAGCUGCAUUGCACUGUGAUGAACACUCUGUUCAGAAAGGACUCCACAGCUGAAGAAGUGGGCGGAGCAAGAAGGCAAACCACAAGUGAACGAGAAGCUUUUGAUGGCCGAAAUAUUUUGAAGAAAUUUGACUCGUAUUGUUUUGGUGAAUUUGAGCUGAACACGGUCCAGCUGUCUCAGAGAUAUUCAACCGACUGCACAGGAUACUACACAUCUGCUGGCAGCAUCAGCUUUUCCUGACCCGAGCAUGGUCUGAAGUUCAGUUGUCAAGAGUGGUUCUACUUUAAACAGACGUAGCAACGUUCAGCUCAUGUGCAGUAGGUGGCAGCAGAGGGGUGUCGGCACAUUCUCUUACAACAUUGUAGGCAUAAACAUAGACAUCUUAUCAUUGUAAUAUAAGAUGUCUAUGGGCUUUAAUUAUUGGUGGGCUUUUUUGGGAGGGGUGGGGUGUUGAACUGAAAGAAAUGUCAAAUAAAUAAAGUUUAAAUUUACAAUGAAA